AUGGCUGGGUCUUGCUGCGGAGGGCCUGUAAAGGCAUCCCCGCAGACCAUCGUGGAUUCUGCUCCAGCUCAACGCCAAAGCAUGGUUAUCACUACCUCCAAUUCUGCUGCUGCAGAUUCCUGUUGCAAUGAGUCUGGAACUUGUCAAGAUGCUAUUCCAAGCCCCAGGGUUGUUAACAACGGCUGUGGUGGUGCAGUUUCCAUGGGGGCUACCGAAUCAGCCGCCGCGUGUGCGGAUGGCGGUUGCAAAGAACCGACUCUAGCCAAGCCUGCCAAAGACGAAUGCAACGACGGCUGCUGCGGCGACUCUAUCGAAUCCGAACAAGAGGUUCAGGAUGACUGCUGUGCCCCAGCAAACGGGCAAGAGACCAAUGUCGACUCAUGCAAUCAGGGCUGCUGUGGCGAUGCUGCUACUACGGAAUCAGACGAUUGCUGUGACCAAGGCCCCGCUGCUACUGCUCCCGUUAGUAAGCCCAAUGCUUGCAAUGAUGGCUGCUGCGACGAAUCCGUUGCCUCUGAGUCGGUACAAGACGAUUGCUGCGACGGCCCUGGCGCAUCCUGCACCAAGACCGUGGCCUCGGAUAAAAAGGACGUCGUCGAUACCGACUGCUGCAGGGGCAAAGUGUCUCCUUGCUGCGACGAAUCUUGCCUCGAGCGCCUUGCUCUUCGCGAAUGCGACUCUGGUUCCGAGUUCUCGGACUUUGAGUGGCUCGAAAAGGCCAACGCUUCUCACCCUGCCUCGAAGCAGCGAGCCACACGAUCCAAGGCCUGUGACGACCACCGCCGAUCUGUUCGUGAGCAAUAUGCUGAGCGUCUCCAAGCUCUCGGUUGCAUUUGCCGCGCCUUGCUUGCCCUUGGUAAAGAAUCAUGCUGCGCUCCCAACCGACCUGCUUCGGCUCAACGAACCAAGAAGAAGUCAUGCCGCCGUACUUCCAGAGACUCCCUUGUGCGCAAGUCCGUUGAUGGGUGCUGUCCACGCUCCACCAAGCCGCCAUCAACCAAAACGCCAGCUUGUGGCUCUAAGAAAGCCAGGCCAGUGUCCAGGGACAGUUGUGUGGGUGAUGACUGCUGUACUCCGACCAAGCGGCCCGCCUCCUUCACCAGCAAGGCUGCUAUGACCGCAACAUUGGAAAGUCUAGAGGCGCAGCAUGAAGGCACCGAGCACGUGGCACUGUCCAUCUCUGGCAUGACUUGCACGGGAUGUGAGACGAAGCUCAAUAGGACGCUUGCCAACCUCGAAGGCGUGACCAAUUUGAAGACGAGCCUGGUGCUUUCACGCGCAGAGUUUGAUAUCCGACUUUCGCAAGUUACUGUCGACCGUGUCAUAAAGCACCUUGAGCGAACUACAGAGUUCAAAUGCGAGCUGAUUAGUAGCAACGGCCACACCAUGGACGUUGUUGUGGACGGUUCUGCAUCCGAAUUCGUCAAUGGAGCCUGGCCUACUGGAGUCAUAGGCAUGUCACUUAUUGAAAAUGACCUUGUCCGCGUUUCGUUUGACCCCAAGAUUGUCGGCGCGCGAGACCUCUUUGAGAAACACUGGAACGGAUAUGUCUCGCUCGCACCGGUCUGCGCCGAUCCUGCUCUGGCAGCCGGUAGCAAGCACGUCCGCCAUGUUGGCUAUAUGACCUUGCUGUCCGCGGCUCUCACGAUCCCAGUUCUUGUCCUGGCUUGGGCCCCGUUGCCCGAGCGAGAGGUUGCGUACGGAUCCGCCUCGUUGGCUCUGGCGACAAUUGUCCAGGUGGCUAUUGCUGGCCCCUUUUAUCCCAAGGCGCUGAAAGCUCUCAUCUUCUCGAGGGUUAUUGAGAUGGAUUUGCUCAUUGUCCUGAGCACCAGCGCUGCCUACCUCUUCUCUGUUGUUUCGUUUGGCUACCUGAUUGCCAACAAGCCUCUGGCUACUGGCCAAUUCUUUGAGACGAGCACGCUUCUAGUUACUCUCAUCAUGGUGGGACGGUAUGUGGCAGCGCUUGCUCGCCAAAAGGCCGUCGAGUCCAUCUCCAUUCGAGGCCUGCAAACUCAAAACGCUCUACUCGUUAGCCCAGACGACAGCACCCAAGUGACCGAGAUUGACGCCCGGCUCCUCCAGUACGGCGACGCGUUCCGGGUUCUACCCGAUUCGCGCAUCCCAACUGAUGGCACAGUGCUCGUGGGUUCGUCCGAAGUGGACGAGUCUAUGCUCACGGGUGAGGCUUUACCCGUCGAGAAGCAUCCCAAAUCCAAGGUGAUGGCUGGUACGAACAAUGGCUUUGGCGUAUUAACAGUACAGCUGAAUCGCCUUCCUGGAGACAAUACCAUCACCAACAUUGCAAGCAUGGUUGACCAAGCCAAGCUCUCCAAGCCCCAGAUGCAAGAACUAGCCGAUAAGGUGGCAUCUUACUUUGUGCCCGUCGUUGUUGGCUUAACCAUCAUUACGUUUGUAACGUGGGUAGUUGUUGGUAUGGCCGUCCAGGGCAAGUCGGCAUCUGACGCUCUCGUACAGGCCAUUACCUACGCCAUUACUGUAUUGAUUGUGUCAUGCCCCUGUGCCAUUGGUCUCGCCGUCCCCAUGGUUGUCGUGAUUGCCAGCGGUAUUGCGGCUGAGCGCUGUGUCAUCUUCAAGUCUGCCCACGCCAUUGAGACAGCCUACAAGACUUCCCAUGUUGUCCUUGACAAGACUGGCACACUGACCAAAGGCCAGCUCACCAUUGUUUCUGAAGUCUCUCUUGGUAAGACCGCAUCGCUCGAGCUCCUCUUCGGCCUUGUCAACGAAAACAAGCACCCAGUUUCCACCGCCAUCAGCACCCAUUUGAAGAGCCAAGGCCUGAUUGCCACCCCUGCGACCGACGUGCAGGUUAUUGCUGGCAAGGGAAUCCAAGGCAAGGCUGGCACCCGUGUCCUACGAGCAGGCAACUCGCGCUGGCUAGGCCUUUCUGAGCACGAAGCCGUCAAACCACUCCUCUCUCAGCAGUGCACCAUCUUUUGCUUUGCUAUUGAUGGUGAAUUGGCUGCCGUUUUUGGCCUCGAGGAUACGCUUCGAUCCGAUGCCGCAGACGUGGUUGGCAAGCUUCAGAAGAAAAACGUCACCGUGCACAUUGUUUCUGGCGACGACGACGGUCCUGUACGCUCCUUGGCGGCCAAGGUUGGCAUCGCACCAUCCAACAUACGCUCACGCGCCUCGCCCGGCGACAAGCAAGUGUACAUCAGCGACCUCCUCGGCAGUGGCCCGGACAAGAAGAAGCCCGUAGUUGUAUUUUGCGGUGACGGCACCAACGACGCCGUUGCCCUAGCGCAGGCCACGAUUGGCGUGCACAUGCACGAGGGCAGCGAUGUGGCACGAACUGCCGCCGAUGUUGUCCUCAUGCGCCCCGGACUGUCGGGCCUGCUCAGCAUGAUGGCUGCUAGCAGUGUAUCUGUCGGUCGGAUCAAGUUCAAUUUUGGCUGGAGCUUUGUGUACAAUACGUUUGCGGUGCUUCUUGCCGCGGGCGCCUUUGUGCAUGCACGUAUCCCGCCCGAGUUUGCCGGCCUUGGUGAGCUGGUGAGCGUUCUUCCCGUGAUUGCGGCAGCUGUUCUCCUGCGCUGGUCUAAGAUGUAG